AUGGUAUCGACAGGACUGCAUUAUUUCGUAUUGGUACUAUUCAGUGUAUUGAUAGUUCGAGCUAAAUGUCAAUCAUGUGAUGGCUUGACUGAAUAUGCUCCAUGUACAACUACAACUACAACUACAACUACAACUACAACUACAACUACAACUACAACGACGAGUACAACAACUAUUCAAAAAGGAGUUAAUAUUCCUGCUAAUGCUAAAUGGAAGCAGAACGGUGUGACUAUUGCUGGAGGUCACGGGAAAGGUAAUGCCACUAAUCAACUCAGCUUCCCUCGUGGUCUCUUUGUUGAUGAUGAUCAAACAGUGGUUAUUGCUGACUACUCGAAUCAUCGUAUCAUGCAUUGGAAGAACGGUGAUACAACGAAUGGACAAGUUGUUGCUGGUGGCAAAGGCGCAGGAGAUGGAUUACAUCAAUUGAAUCAGCCAGCUGAUGCAUUAAUUGACAAAGAGACGGAUAGUCUCAUUAUUUGUGAUGCAGAGAAUCACCGAGUUGUACGAUGGUCUCGUCGUAGUGGUACAACACAAGGAGAAAUACUCAUCGACAACAUCGGGUGUUGGGGAUUAGCAAUGGAUGAGCAGAGAUAUCUCUACGUCUCUGGCGGUGGAAAACAUGAAGUAAGACGAUAUCAAUUGGGUGAGAAUAAUUACACUCUUGUAGCUGGUGGUAAUGGCAAAGGUAAUGAUACUAAUCAACUCAACUACCCGCAUUAUCUCUUUGUCGAUCGACAACAAAAUGUCUACGUAUCAGACAAAGAGAAUCAUCGUGUAACGAAAUGGAAUAAAGGUGCAAAAGAAGGUAUUGUGGUCGCUGGAGGACAAGGAACAGGAAGUGCUCUGACACAAUUGUCUCAUUCUGAAGGAAUCUUCGUUGAUACGUUGGGUACACUCUAUGUAGCAGACUCGUGGAACGCUCGUGUAAUGCGUUGGACUCAAGGAGACAAGAAACAAGGCGCUGUAGUUGCGGGUGGAAAUGGUUCAGGAGCAGGACCAAAUCAGCUUUACUUCCCCUAUGGUUUAUCUUUCGAUCGACAAGGUAAUCUCUAUGUCGCCGAUUGGAAUAAUCAUCGUGUUCAACGAUUUUCUAUGGAAUAA